AUUGCCCAAGACUCCCCGGAGCAACUGGAAUUGUUACUGCCUGAGGACAUUCUCCUGAUUGGGACUCUGUGGAGUGAGGAGGCAGUCACCUGGACUUGAAGAGCUGGUAUGGCAGUCAACAAGAGUUCAACCAUGCUGGAUGAAGACCUCCCUGAACAGGAGAAUGUUUUACAGAGGGUCCUGCAGCUGCCUGUGGUGAGUGGUACCUGUGAAUGUUUCCACAAGACCUACACCAGCACCAAGGAAGCCCACCCCCUGGUGGCCUCUGUGUGCAAUGCCUACGAGAAGGGCGUGCAAGGCGCCAGCAACUUGGCUGCCUGGAGCAUGGAGCCUGUGGUCCGCAGGCUGUCCACUCAGUUCAUAGCAGCCAAUGAGCUGGCCUGCCGAGGCCUGGACCACUUGGAGGAAAAGAUCCCUGCCCUCCAGUACCCUCCUGAAAAGAUCGCCUCUGAGCUGAAGGAUACCAUCUCCACCCGCCUUCGAAGUGCCAGGAACAGCAUCAGUGCACCCAUCGCAAGCACUUCAGACAAAGUCCUGGGGGCUGCUCUUGCUGGCUGCGAGCUUGCCUGGGGAGUGGCCAAAGACACAGCUGAAUUUGCUGCCCACACCAAAGCUGGCCGGCUGGCCUCUGGAGGGGCUGACUUGGCCCUGGGUGGCAUUGAAAAGAUGGUAGAGUUCCUCCUUCCUCCAGCCAAGGAAGAGUCAGCCCCUGGUCCUGGACACCAGCAGGCCCAGAAGCAGCCUCCCAAGGGCAAGCCAAGCCUCCUGAACAGGGUUGGGGUCCUGGCCAAUACCCUCUCUCAGCACACCUUCCAGACCACAGCCUGGGCACUGAAGCAGGGCCACGCUGCAGCCAUGUGGAUCCCUGGUGUGGCACCCCUGAGCAGCCUGGCCCAGUGGGGUACAUCAGUAGCCAUGCAGGUAGUGUCCCGACGGAAGAGUGAAGUACGGGUGCCCUGGCUGCACAACCUUACUGCCACCCGGGAGGAGGACCACAAUGACCAGACAGACACAGAGGGGGAGGAGACAGAGGAGGAGGAGCAGGAAGUGGAAGAAGAGGAGACUGAAGAGAAGCUCAAUAAGGUGGCAGCCCUGCCUAGCCCAAAAGGCCUCCUGGGCAAUGUGGCACACACCAUGCAGAUGGCCCUCCAGAGCACCAUCUCGGCCGUGACGUGGGCACCUGCCACUGUGAUAAGCAUGGCAGGGAGGUUGCUGCACCUCACACCUGCUCGUGUUGUCUCCUCAACCAAGGGGAGGGCCAUGUCCCUGUCAGAUGCCCUGAAGGGCGUUACUGACAACGUGGUGGACACGGUGGUGACCUAUGUGCCGCUUCCCAGGUUGUCGCUUAUGGAGCCAGAGAGCGAAUUCCGGGACAUCGACAACCCACCGGACGAGGACGAGCGCCGGGGCUCCGGGACUCCAGCCACCGGCCCAGAGUCCCAGACGCGCCCGGCUCAGCCUCGCGGCAGCCUGCGCACCACACGGGGCCUGAGUGUGUCCGCUUGCUCGGGUGUGGACGACAAGCUGGAGAGCGCAGCCGGGCCGCGCCCAAGUUUCCCGACAGUGCCCCGCGAGAAGCCCACGCGCAGGGUCAGCGACAGCUUCUUCCGGCCCAGCGUCAUGGAGCCCAUCCUGGGCCGGGCGCAGUACAGCCAUCUGCGGAAGAAGAGCUGA